UGCAAAAGGAACUUCCUGUGUUGACAAAAAUGUGAAAAAUCUAAAAAAAUCUCAUAUUUUAGACAUUUAUUCUAUUGAAUACGUUAAUCAGUGGUGUAACUCAAGUAUUUUUAUUUACUGAUUAUUCUAGGGAACACAAUCAUGCCACCCAAGCAACGUAAGAUAGCGAUUAUGGGAUUUAGAUCAGUUGGGAAAUCCUCACUGACCAUCCAGUAUGUUGAAGGCCAGUUUGUGGACUCUUAUGAUCCAACUAUUGAAAACACAUUUACUAAGAACAUCAGACUGAGGAAUCAGGAUUACACGCUGCAGUUAGUAGAUACAGCCGGUCAGGAUGAGUACUCUAUUGUCCCCCAGGGUUACGUCAUGAAUGUAGAUGGUUAUGUACUGGUGUAUUCUGUGAACUCACAACAGAGCUUUGAAGUGGUACAGGUGAUACAUGAUAAACUGCUAGACAUGACAGGAAAAGCUCAGGUACCUCUAGUUGUUGUUGGAAACAAAACAGAUUUAAGGAUGGAAAGGGUCAUUAGUAGAGAAGAUGGUAAGAAACUGGCUGACUCCUGGAAGGCUGCAUUUAGUGAAACAUCUGCUAAAGAAAAUCAGAGUGUAUCAGACAUUUUCAAUGCUAUUAUAAUGGAAAUAGAAAAAGCAGAGGGAAACGUUCCUGAAAAGAGCGGCUGUGUUAUAUCAUAACCAUACAUAGAUAUCAUUAUUAUCCAAUAGGCAGUUGUAAGUGGAUAUACUACUAUGAUACGGUGGCUUAUAUGUUAAUAGUACAAGGGAUUGCAUGGGUUUGAUUUUGGAGAGACUAACUUUAAAGGAUGUUGUUAUUUGUUUAAUCAGAAAUGUAGAGGAAUAGGACAAUGGAUAACAGAAAAUGCCAUGUGGAAUACAAAAUUAUAAGUGGCACGUAUAGACGUGAUAUGUGGAAACUGGGAUGUUUUUUAAUGAGGCCAUAUCUGGCAGUUUGAAUGAACAGAGCUGUGUACUAUACAGUUAUGAAGUAGAUUAGGAGACACAAUCAAACUUUUAUCAGAUUAUGAAGUGAUCAUGCUGCAAGUAGAUCUAUCUCAGGGAAAUGUCUACUUAAGAAUGUGCAAUCGCAAAAAGGUCCCAAUUUCGAUUUCUUCACAUUGUCAAUGGAUGCAUCGUAUGCAAAUAUGUCUCACAAUAUUGUACAACUUAAGCCCUCGUCAUUUUUCAAAUGGGAAAUAUUGUGGGCUAAAAAUCAUGUUUCACCUAUGAUGCAAUCAUGUGUGGGCGUGGCAUCCAUUAUGAUCUUGCCGUUGCACAUCUUUUAAUGCUUCAUUUCGCAGAGAUGGGCCAUUGUCGUCAAUACUGACACUUUAAAAAUAAUUUAGUGCAAUGAAGUAAUCUGUAAAAUAUUAAAAGUUAAAAAGAAAAGUUAUUAAGAAAUGUUAGAACUAUAAACUAUGUAAUGAGACUGAAGAAAUGUAACAACUCAUCAGAUGUUGAUAUAUGUAUGUACCCCUAUCAGUUUAUGGAUAUCUUUAUGGAAUGGUUAAUAUUAAGCGUAAUUUCUGUUAUAAUGUCAGAAAGCUCUUGGCUCAAUAGCAGCAUCUGUAAAAUUAAAGAACAGGUUUUCCCAUGAGUUGGACUGAUGAAACAUUAACCUGAUUGAAUCAGUCUGCAAAAUUCU